UAACAAUGAUAAUAUAGCAAUAGUUUAUGAUAGCAAUAAAUGUAAUCGUUACUUUAUCGUUACAUAUUUAUGCAUUUGCGCUUUUUUUUAAUAAUGCAAAAUCGAAAGUCGCGAGUAAAACCAUAAAAGCUUAUUCUAUGAUAUAAAUGAUUAGCUCAUCAAUUUUGUUGUGCGUGAAAAUCAGUGAGAAACAGUUGACGCAGAGGAAGAAAUGACGCAAUCACUCGAAGAGUUAUGAGCUUAUGAAUUCCAUCAAGUGGCGUCAUGGUAAUUUAUUCUUCUAAUUAUUUCGAAAUUAUUAAAUAUUAACGACUACAUCGCCGCAUCGUCUUUUCUUCUGCGUCAUUCAUUUUUUAUUCACCUCCGGGGUAAAAAUAUCGGAAAAUUGAAUGAAUUGAUCUUGGUGAUCUUGACUCUUGGCUCCAUUUCUCUGGCAGCAAAAUAAAAAGAAGCGCCGAAAAUAUAGAAACUCCGCGAGGUGGAUGCGCGCGAGUAAGCAGAAUUCCUGAGGACCCUCGGCAUUGAUUCCUGGACGCGCAAGCGCCGACCGGUGUAACUUCACCUACUUCCCAUCGCUCCCGGUCGUCGGAGAAUCCGCGAAAGUCCGAAGGGUAACGCGGUCGUCUAUUUUCGUUUAUCUGAAGAUACGGCCACCUCUCGUGACGCUUCUAGACGCCAGCUGAGAUAGACGGAUACAAAAGGACAUCCGAUGUCGGCUCUUCUAGAUGUUUGCGGAAAUGACACCGGUUCACCAUCAAUAUCGAAGGCCGACGAUAAUUUGUCCAACAGUGACGGGCCCCUGAUUAAAGGCCUUAUUCGCCAAAAUAGCUGCGGUAGCAUGCAUGCCAGAACAAUCGGCUCGUCAUACGGCAUGUCGACGGGCGAGAAAUCCACGAAAAGACGUUACUGUCUCUGGACAUUGACUCUGGUUCUGGCGAUAAUCGGCCUUUGUAAUCUUUUCCUCAACAUCACUGUCAUUGCUGUUUUGCGAAUAAGCCAGGGAAUGGAAGCUAUGGAAGUAAUCCCAGACGAAAAUCUUGUCAAAUUCUAUGGAAGAACUGAUUUAGACAAGAUAUCUCUGCAGUCAGGCGUCUGUCAGAGUUACGGCGACGAGCCGAUGGAGAUAUCCGGCGACGAGGCCGGGGUGCACGUCGACGUGAAGAGUCGCGGACGCACCUACGAUACGCAUCCAUACUCCAAAUUAGGUGUCUUGCCGAACGGUACUACCAUGUCACAAGUGGAGUCCUUCGAGGUGAAAGAUCCACGUACCGGUGUGACGUACUUCACCACGGACUUCCCGAACUUUGGCCUGCCAAGUGGCGUCAAGAAAAUCGAGGUGAGAAUCGCGGAGACUCAUCGGAUUACGUCGCCGGUUAAUGACAGCCUAUCAAUCAACUCCGACAAUCAAGUUUCGUUACACGGUGCGGAGGGCGUGCGUAUGGAGAGCAAAGACAUCGUGUGGAGCGCCGAUCGUGACAUCUUCUUGAAAAGCGUGAACGGCAGCGUCGUGUUGGAUGCCAAAGACGGUGUCUCCAUCGAUGUGGAAAACAUCCCGAUAGCGCCGAUGUUCUUGCAGAAUCCAACCGUGAGUCACGAACAGUACAAGGUCUGCGUAUGCAUGCCGCAGGGCAAGCUUUUCAAGGUGCCGGUCCGGCCGGGUACCAGUUCGCGCACAGUUAAUUGUGCGCGAAUCGCGAGAACCCCAGAAAACGAUCCUUGUCUACAUUAGAUUCUAAACGAAGACUGAUGGUUUCUACUCUGUAAACUUUAUUGUACACAUAAGUGAGACGAUACAUCCAACAGCAAGAAUGAUCGACUCGCAAUUGGUGGGUUUAUUCCACGUGUAUGCCUCGAUUUAAAAAAAUUGAUUGGAGAAUUAAAAGUUAUGAGUAAAAGAGUAUAAAUUAUAUAAUCCGUUUAGGGAACAAUAAACUGACACAUUCAUAUGUACAUAUAAUUUGUCCAAAAUACUUUCUUCGUAAAGAAAAUAGAAUUUUUCAUAAAGAAUGAUUAAAUACGUUCAUAGUUGCAAUUAUUUUUCAUCAUUCUUGUUUCUCAUAGGUAUCUAAAAAUGGACUUUUUUUUAGAAAUAAACUGUUAUUUUGACUUAUUAACUAAUUGAUACAUACAAUACAAAAACUGCUUGAGAUUCAUAUCUAUCAUUUUCAUCAGACUGAAAUGAAUUCAUAGUUUUUAAUGAUAUUUUUUGUGCACAUCACUGCCAAAUUGCAAAUACACUUUAUAUAAUUUUAUAUAUUAUGAGGCCUAAUGUAUGCAGCAUUGAGACAAUAUGUUGCGUAAAAUAUUCAAAAAA